GGUGUCAUUAAUAAAGUAGCCCCUAGUCAUAUUGGCUGCCUGAUACAUGGAUGCUUCAAUGCUUCUAUCCCUAAACCUGAACAGAUGUCGAUUGUACAGUGGCAAGAGCUGGGGUUAAAAAUAGGGGAUGAACUGAAAUUUCAAGUAUUGCACUUGGAUUCUGAUGCAGCUGGGGUGUUCUUCAUUCGAGGAGGACUCACUAAAAGCAGCAUGCGGCCCAAACAAUCUGAGACCAUCACUGACAGUACCAAUGGAGGUGAAAUUCAAAAGCUUGACCACCAGGAAAAUGGCUUGAAUGACUCUGGGAGAGAUAAUGUCACAGAGGAGCCUCUAGGUGAGACAGAUAACACUGGGAGGGAAAAUGCAGAAGAGCAAAGUGUUGAUGCUGUGAAUGGAUUAUGUGAUGAUAAAAACAAGAAGAAGAAGAAAAAGAAGAAGCAUAAGCAAGAAGAACAGGAACAUGUAUUGCCUACCAGUGACUCCAGUGGUUACCAAAGUGACCAUAAAAAGUCAAAGAAAAAGAAAAGAAAGCAUUCUGAUGAAGUUGAAGAAAGUGAAUUAUCUCAGCUGUCACAAGAACCCAAAGCUAAAAAGAAAAGGGACUAA